CUAGUACAUACGCAUAUACAUUUGAGGGCCGUAGCACUGCGACUAGCAGAGGAACAUGACGGGAAAUUCUCGCGCGUAGCAAUGGCGGCUUGGCCGAGGAAGUUGAUGACAAAGUGCUUCAUGCUGCUUUCAUCCCAUUUGGAGACAUAGUAGACAUACAGAUUCCACUAGACUAUGAGACGGAAAAGCACAGGGGAUUUGCGUUUGUGGAGUUUGAAGCAGCAGAAGAUGCAGCUGCUGCUAUUGACAAUAUGAAUGAAUCGGAGCUCUUUGGAAGGACAAUACGGGUAAAUCUAGCCAAGCCAAUGAAGAUUAAAGAAGGCUCUGUAAAGCCAUUGUGGUCACAGGAUGAUUGGUUGAAGGAGCAUGCUGGAGAAAAACCGGACGACGACGAAGAAAAAAAGGAAGAGAAAAAGGAAGAUACAGAGGGUGAAAAGGAGGGUGCAAAACGACCACUGGAAACAGAGGAGGAAGCAGAACCGGUGAAGAAAAAGCAGAAGAGCAACGCCCAGGUGUAUUUCGAAAUAAAGAUGGGCAGUCGAUCGCUGGGGCGAAUCGUAAUGCAGCUAAGAGCUGAUGUUGUGCCAAUGACUGCAGAGAAUUUCAGGUGUUUGUGCACAAACGAAAAAGGUUUUGGCUUCAAGGGGAGCAGCUUCCACCGAAUUAUACCACAAUUUAUGUGCCAGGGUGGCGAUUUCACUAAUCACAAUGGCACAGGAGGCAAGUCCAUAUACGGAAAGAAGUUUCAAGAUGAAAACUUCAUAUUGAAGCAUACUGCACCAGGUACACUUUCGAUGGCCAACUCAGGACCCAACACGAAUGGAUCUCAAUUCUUCAUCUGUACGGAGCAAACAGAUUGGCUUGAUGGAAAGCAUGUUGUGUUUGGAUCUGUUAUUGAGGGAAUGGACAUUGUUCGAAAGAUGGAGGGAGCUGGAUCCAAGUCAGGAAAACCGUCCCAGAAAAUUACGAUAACCGAUUGCGGAGAGCUUUAGUUGCGAUACGAUCCAAUUCUAGUUGAUCUGGCAGCAGGGUAUUCAUGCCUGCAGUCUACUUAGCUGGAGAGCUAUAUAGAAGGGUGCAAUGAUCGCUUCUUUGCAGUGUAUGCCAAUUCUGAUGCAUUAGUAGUUUUGUUACUUGAUUUAAUUUAGUAAUUUUAGUUAGUUCCAGUGAGUUGUUGUACAUAGCAAAGCUGGUAAAGAUAGUCCUAGUGUUUUAGUCUAUUUAUUGUAGCUUGUGUGGUCCUGUACCGCCACAGGUCACCACUAAACCAAGCUCGCCAAUUGUAAAAACGUGUUACAGCUCUUCCUGUUAUACUUUAUAUCUGGUUGCUUUCGGCUAGUGGUAACAAGCUAAAUAUAUCGAAUGACACUUUCUCUCAUUAAAUUAAAUUCGUCUGCAAUGAUCAGUUUAAGUUGAGUGUCUAAACAAGAGAACAGGUGAAAAACUAUAAAUUGUUUGGAAAUGCGAACACAAGUAAAAUACAAGUAGUUUCAACCUCAUUGUAAAAAUAUAUUUACCUACAAACCCAUAGAAACGGUUUCAAUAAUCAUGGCAAUAAAUAACAUCACGUGGUUCAUUGUCAGAGUAGUCAUAAGGCUGUGGUGAAACUUGCUAGUGUUACAAUAUAACAAUAGCAUUAACAAUAACAUUAACAAUAACAAUAACAAUAACAAUGGCUGUCUUGAAUGAAAUGGAAUUUGGAAAUCUUUGAGAAAAAGACGAAUAAUCUCUAUAUAAUUGACAUUUUGUCCAUAUGUAAUGGCAUUCACUUGAUAAUUACAUAGAACAAACUAGAAACCAGUUCAGGUCCUAUUUUAGAGUUUGGAACAAAUUUACUAGGCAUUGAAAUGGUCCUAGAGAUAUGAUAACGACAAAAUGCUGAUAAUAAGCCUUGGGACUGCUAACCGUUCUGACAAUGUUCCUGUAAUUCUAUAAUUAUAAAUGGAAAAUAAAUUGUUUUGAAACGCACAUACAUUUAUAGUUCGAAUCUCUGGAUUGUUUGUAAAAUACAUUGCAUUUUAGAUUUAAAAAAUUCUUUCUAGAAAAAGAUUUGUUAUUAUAUGCCAUUGUAGUUCCGUGACAGAAACUUGUUUUGUUUCUUUUAUCUUUUUUUGUAUUAAUUUUAUGUAUUUCGUAAAAUAUAAAACCUAUGCAGAGAACUAAAAACGUACAGCUCUUGUACUCAUAAACCAUAUAAAACACUGUUUUUAUACAAUUAAUACUGUUAACAACAAUAAACGUUUUUAUCUUAGCUAAAGUA